AUGAAAGAUUUGUUUGAAAUUCUAAAUUUAACUUUAAAUGAUAUUGAAGAUAUAAUUAAAGAGAAAUAUAGACAGAGAAUGAUUAAAGUGCAUCCCAGUAGAUGUAAAUCUUCCAAUGAAUAUCAAGAACUAUUAAAAGCCUAUAAAGAAUACUUAUGUGGAGAAGAUUCUUAUAACUGUGAAGAAUUAGUUUAUUUGGGUGAGAAAUUCUUUUCCAAAUGUAGAUGUGGUUCUAUUUAUGAUAAUUUAUACAAAUUAGGAAAGUAUGAAUGUGAAACUUGUUCUUGUUUUAUUUUAGUUGUAGAACCUUUAAAAAGUUUAAAUUAA